GAGAGGCGGACAUCGGGAUUCUGGACUCCCGAAUCUUGACAGCUGUGCGUGAAGUGCGGAAUGGAUAUCUGAGCGUCAUAUACAUCUUCAUUGUUCACGAGUGGGAAUAAUAAUAAUUAUUAUUAUUAUCGCUAUUAUUAGACAGCGGUGAAAGAAAGGAAGAAGAAUCAUAAUUGUUUCCCCACUUGUACACAAAAGAAGAGGACUCGUUUAUGAGUGAGACAGACUGAGAGCAGAUGAGAAGUCGUGCCACCGGAUGGUUUUUAUUUUUUGGUGUUUUUUGAUGCACGAACGGACUCUGAAAUGGGUCGCCAUGACGACAGAGCGCUGAGUUAGCCGCUAAUGCGUUAUACGCAUUUGUUUCUGUUAUUGUUUUAUUUUAUCAUUUCCCUACCUUCUUUAUAGUGAUCAAAUAUGUUGUAACCUCGCCGUCGGAAGACACGGGUGUUGACAGAUAAAAAGAAAGAAAAAAAGGAGGAGGAGGUGUUAAGAGAAGGUAAAUUGAUGUGCGAGAGCCUGCGACACAUUCAUGACGAAUUACCUCAGAAAAAAAAAUACCGAUGGCAUAAACACCGGCUUCACCACUGAAGUACGAAUAAUCACCGGGAAAGAACCGGAGACGCAUCGACUACAACCCUUUCAUCGCGGAAACUAAUGAGCAAAUCGCAAUAGAAGCGCAUGUUGCACUAACAUCAGGAUGAAGUUCUUCACCACUCAGUGUCAGCAGGCCUCUUCUGCGAUCCAGUGAGGAAACGCACACCCUCGCUUCCGCAAAGCCGUUAACUUCGGAGUCACCGGGGAUCCCGAAACUCUUCACUCUUCUUGUCUGUUUCAUAUCCAUCACCCAUCGCUGGGGCGCCGCUCACCCCAGCCGAAGCAUGUCAUCGGUGGGCGUGGCACGAUCGCGGCGGGAGACAGCCCGCUCCUGCCCGCGUCGCAUAUCUGACACUUGCCUGGUGUGGCUGCUAGGCUUGGCACUGCGCCUUGCGCUGUCCUCCUGCCAGCGGGCAGACCUCACCGCCGCCAAGUACCCUAUGGUCACCACAGGCUAUGGGAAGCUUCGGGGCGUACGCAAGGAGCUGAACAAUGAGAUUCUGGGUCCGGUCGAGCAGUACUUGGGCGUCCCCUAUGCCACCCCGCCAGUAGGCGAGAGGCGCUUCCAGCCCCCGGAGGCACCAGGCUCCUGGCAGGAGAUCCGUAACGCUACCCAGUUUGCACCAGUGUGCCCGCAGAACAUCCACGGGGUGCUGCCAGAGAUCAUGCUUCCCGUAUGGUUCACCGAUAACCUGGAUGCUGCCGCGGCUUAUGUACAGAACCAGAGCGAGGACUGCCUUUACCUCAACGUCUACGUUCCCACAGAGGACGGUCCGCUCACAAAAAAACACGAUGAGUCUUCGAUGAACAGACCGAGGGACGAAGAUAUUAGAGAUCGUCGGAAGAAGCCCGUGAUGUUGUUUAUCCAUGGUGGUUCGUAUAUGGAGGGAACAGGAAACAUGUUUGAUGCAAGCGUUCUUGCUGCUUAUGGAAACGUGAUUGUCGUCACUAUGAACUACAGAUUGGGCGUUCUGGGUUUUCUAAGCACUGGAGAUCAGUCUGCGAAGGGGAAUUAUGGGCUACUGGACCAGAUUCAGGCUCUGCGAUGGCUCAACGAGAACAUUGGACACUUUGGGGGAGACCCAGAGAGAAUCACCAUUUUUGGCUCUGGGGCUGGAGCCUCAUGCGUCAACCUUCUCAUCCUGUCCCAUCAUUCUGAAGGUUUGUUCCAGAGGGCCAUUGCUCAGAGUGGCUCCGCCAUAUCCAGUUGGUCAGUGAACUACCGGCCUCUGAUGUACACCAAGAUCCUAGCCAAGAAGGUGGGCUGCAGUUACAGCGACACUGCAGAUCUCGUGGACUGUCUGCGAAGGAAGAGCUUCAGGGAACUGGUGGAUCAGGAUAUCCAACCUGCACGCUACCACAUCGCAUUCGGACCGGUGGUGGACGGAGAUGUUGUACCCGAUGACCCUGAGAUCCUCAUGCAGCAGGGGGAGUUCCUGAACUAUGACAUCCUGUUGGGGGUGAACCAGGGUGAAGGGUUGAAAUUUGUAGAUGACAGCGAGGGUGAGGAUGGUAUUUCAGCUGCUUCCUUCGACUACACCAUAUCAAAUUUUGUAGACAACCUCUACGGAUACCCAGAUGGUAAAGACAUACUGCGGGAGACUAUAAAGUUCAUGUACACAGAUUGGGCUGAUCGUGAUAACGGUGACAUGCGGCGUAAAACUCUGCUUGCGCUUUUUACCGACCACCAGUGGGUGGCGCCAGCAGUGGCCACAGCUAAGCUGCAUGCCGAGUUCCAGUCCCCAGUUUAUUUUUACACCUUCCACCACCACUGCCAGACGGAGGCACGACCCGAGUGGGCAGACGCGGCACAUGGCGACGAGAUCCCGUACGUGUUCGGUGUUCCCAUGGUGGGCGCCACGGAUCUGUUUCCCUGCAACUUUUCCAAGAACGAUGUCAUGCUCAGUGCUGUGGUGAUGACAUACUGGACCAACUUCGCCAAGACGGGGGAUCCGAACAUUCCAGUACCGCAGGAUACCAAGUUCAUCCAUACUAAGCCCAAUCGCUUCGAGGAAGUUAUCUGGACCAAAUUCAGCUCGAAAGACAAGCAGUACCUCCACAUCGGGUUGAAGCCUCGCAUCCGGGAUAAUUACCGUGCCAACAAAGUUGCCUUCUGGCUUGAGCUGGUUCCUCACCUCCACACCCUUAAUGAGGAUUUCUACAACCCCACAACCACUCGACUGCCACCUGGCGGCCCACACCGGCCAGGCUGGAAGGGCACGGCCCAGAGUCCCGGCACCCGCCCUACUCGCCACCCCACGGUUUCAACCUACCCGCCCGACCCGGACCUCGAAGGUUCCGAACACCCUCCUGAACGCUUCCCGUUCCCGAGCAACACACGGGACUAUUCGACGGAGCUGAGCGUGACGGUAGCAGUGGGCGCGUCACUGCUUUUCCUCAACAUGCUGGCGUUUGCCGCGUUGUACUAUAAACGUGACAAACGGCACGAGCUGCUGCAACGGCGCCAUCGGCGCCUCUCGCCUCAACGUGGGGCAGGGACAGGCGUCGGUAUUGUGGGGGCUCCGCCCCAUAAUGACCUGGCAUUGAGCCAGGAGGAGGAGCUAAUGUCCUUGCAAAUGAAGCAGCAGAGGGUGGAGCUCGACCAUGGCACGCCUCUUCCACCACGUGGUCUACACGGCGACCUGGAGCCUCUAAGACCCCCUGUGUGCCCGCCGGACUACACUCUGGCGCUACGACGGGCACCCGAGGACGUGCCACUUAUGACGGCUAACACCCUUUCCAUGAUUCCCAGUACCAUCACUGGCAUGCAGCCUCUCCAUGCCUUCAACACUUAUCCCCCUGCUCCUGCACCAAGUGCUGGGCACAGCAACAACGCCCUGCCCCACCAGCACUCCACCACACGAGUAUAGUAACCCCUCUGAGGGGAUCAGGCCCCCCAAACGCUUAGGAACACAGACCUCCGGUACUAAGAGUGGUGCUCUACACGGAUACUGUCCAAAACACUGCUCCUGACCUUUUUAAGUCCACUCCCAGCACACUCUCUUUCUCUCCCGUUCUUUCUUGUUUUACUCUUCCUGCUCCUCUCGUUCUUGGAGAAGAUUUUGGGUGGAGAAAUGUUGGCCAUUUUCCCUACUCAAUACAGCAGCUAUCCCCUCCCUGUUUCAUUGCCACCUUUCCCUUUUUUCUUUUCUUCUCCCCGACAGUCUUUUGCUCUGCUGUAGCCGUUUCUAGUCCCCAAAAAAGAACAGUUUUUCCUACUUCGGACUGUUUUAUAAAUCAAGAAAACAUACGUGUAAAAUAUGUAUUAUUGAUAACCUUAUAAGGCUAUGAAUGAAAAAAAAGAUUCUACUAUCUAAUUUUUACCAGCAUUCUUGUGCCAAGUACUGUGAUCAUCGUCCAAUAAGACGCAGUCUAGUGGACGGACGUGGAGAGAAUCACCUGAACUGGAUUUAUUUAAGGAAUUUGCAGAAUUGAGAAAAAAAAAAGUGCCAAAUUUGUUUUUCUUUUCUUUGGUCUCUCUCUCGUUUUUUAUGUUGAUUUUUUGCUUUUUGUUUUGCACUGUCACUGUUAUUUGCCUACGGGGAGAAAUGAACAACACUACAAAUAUCUAUAGAAAAAGAUAUAGAAUAAUUAAAUUUAUAUCUUGAUUGCGCUUUGGGAAAUGUGCAUGAUUUAUUUUUCAAGAGGAAAAUGGACAUUCGAGAUUCAAGACUCUUCUUUCUUUGUCUUUUUAUUGUCUUUUUCUGCAACAGUCUUCUCUCUCUUGCUCUCUCUCUCUUUCUCUGUCUUAUUUUUUAUUUUUAUUUUUUUUUUACAUCAGCUAUAUUUUGUGCACUUCAUUUGGAGAUUCUUUUCCCUCUGUAGAUACAUGGUCAUAUCCGGAAAUGAAACUGAUUCUUGACGAUAAUAAAGAGGAUAAAUAGUUCCCUUCUUUUUUUUUCAUUUAUAAUUACGGAAGCCGUACGAUAAAGCUCAUCUCCCGGACUGAGAAGGACUGAUCAGAUCCACGAUCCCCUCCUCUUCUUUUUUUAUCCCUUUUAUCUCUCUCUCCGCUCGUAUAGUCCUCCGUAGUAACCCACGCAUUACGCCACAUUGAGUUAAGGAACGUUCACUGUGUCGCUCUCUCUCUCUCUCCUUUUCUCCGUAAAGACUCGGACUCUGCUGAGUUGGACGUCCAGAGCGACGGGAUCAACACCUGCGCCCGUUCCCACACAGCUGGAGUCUCUCCGUCUCUCUUUUAUCCAGAGCCCAAGAGAGCUCAUGACGUGUCCAGAACAUUCUUCCCCCUCACUGACACUGACCUUUGAGUGAUUAUCUCAGUUUGAGCUCACUUGUCAUCAGGCGGACAUCUUGUUAUAUGCCCUGUCACAAGUCCCCGUAAGACCUUCUGAUUCAACCUCUCACCUUCUCGACGCGUUUUUUCCGAAAUCUCUCUUUCAGGGUGCCAAGAACGAUCUGGCCGAGAGGAAGCGGGAGACGGGCGGUUUGCGUUGACGUGUGCGCAUGUGAGGAACAGGACAGAUGUGGCCUCUGGAUACUGACUCUGGAAGCUUUGCGCAUCAGGUUUGAACCUAAACGUACCGCGCUACAGCGGACGAGGCGUCACCCCUCACGCCACUUAAAUAUACAUUUACGAUCCAUGAUGCAAACGACUGUGCAUACUGAUUUCAUCUCAUCCAUUUUUUGUUCUCUCGUCGUCUUGUUUUUGGAGUUUCUUGUCGGUGGGUGGAUGAAAAACACACGAGACCACUCUGUCAUGCCAUGGCGAAAAACACAAGAUGCAAACUGUACAUUUUUCUAAGUGUAAGAGAUGACAUGGUCUUUGUAAAUAUUUUGUUUAUUGUUGGGUUCACGGCCAAUCGUAUCCACUGUAAAAACAGGUGCAAGCUCGUUCAGCCAAUCACAUCCCGACACCCACGAUUCUGAAGACCCUUAUUAGAUUUUCAUUUGAAGGUUUACAGAUACUAAAGCUUCUUUUCGACAAAAGACAUUAAAUCGUAAUGAAUGUUGAGGGAAGCGGAAACGGAGCGAAUUCCACAUUAGAGAAUAUAUUGAGUCAAGAAUGAGCGCACUUGAUGAGAGUAAUUGCAUUUGGAAUUCAAAUUUGCUGCAGGACCCGACAAUGCGGUGGACAAUAGAGUCGCCGGCUGCAUCUGAUUCUGUUUCGUUUGAAAAACGGAGGGUGGAACCGAUCAGGGCCUAAUCAGAAUAUUUUGUUGGAGAGAGUUAAAUGAGAAAGUUUAUGUGGAGAAGCUCGUUUUAUUUCCUCGUAGGAUGUAAAUCGCUUGAGUCAGCCCUGUUUUUUUUUUUCCGAGAGGCCUGCUGUUUGAGUCAUUCUCCUGGGUGUUCUUCAUUACGCUUCAGUGGACUAAAUGACACUGUGGGGUGUUUGUUUUCUCUUACCUGGUUGUAAGUUCUUAGAAAUUUAAUGUUACCCAAACCAUUGGAGAUUUGUUGGAGUGGGGGUGGGAUUCCACAGAGUUCUGGCUUAUCUCUUUGUUGUGAAUUUGAGCUGCAUAUAUUUCAAAGUAGAGAUUUAAACAGUUCAUAUUUUUCUACAAAAUAAAGGGAGAGAUGAUUCUACCGGCAACUGACAGACAUAUAAAGCACACUCUCACCAGACACACGUGGUGAUACUUUUUGUCUGGGUUGCCUAUGUAUUAUAGAGGAUUUAACGAAAAAAAAAAUGCAGAAAAAAAAAUACUGAGAAACACAACUGUUGAGUAUUAAUGCUUGGUCGCCAAAAAAAGACUUGCACCUGUUGAGUUUCAUUUUGUUGAAUUUCAGCAACGUAAAAAAGGCUUGAGAUGAGGGGACUGUAUGACCGCGACGGGUCUAAAGAAUAAAAUUCAUAUUUCUAUUUCCUAUACAGGCUACUACACACUGUAUGUUGUGUAUCUGAACUGGACAACAUUAAAAAAGGUUAUUAAACAUA